CGAGGUGAGAUGCAGCAUAAGUUAGGUUAGGUUCAGUUCGUGACCAUUCGCUCCACCAAUAACACAGUCUGCUUGGGUGUGGUUUAUUAGUACCGUGAGAUCGUGAGAUCGUGAGAUCGUUAGGUGGGACUGUGUGACAAGUAGAUUUUGCUGUGUAUUCAGGCGAGCAGCAAGCGUGCUUAUCAGUCGACACUCUCGAUCUCGGAAACAGGAAACUUGUGGAGAGCGGCGGCAUGAAGAAGAGGACUCUGUCCGGCAACGUCGGCGUCGGCGUAUUCCUGGUGGCGUUUGUGUGCGUGUGCGUCGCAUUCGGCACACCCGCAUGGCUGGUUAGCGACCCACGAAUCAUUGGGGCUCAGCUCAACAGACUCGGUUUGUGGCAGCAUUGUUUCAGAUCAUUGCCGAAUCCUCAGGAGUCCGAUGCACCGAGACGAUUUUUCGUCGGCUGCAGAUGGGUCUACGACCCGUUCACCGCAGGUUACUCCGAGAUUCGUGGCUUCCUACUGCCUCCAUUCAUGAUAGCCACCCAAGUGUUCUUCACAAUAUGCUUUCUGCUGGGUCUAAUAUCAUUCUGUUUGAUAUUGCUCUUUACUCUAUGCUGCGAUCCUGAGCGAAAGAAAUACAUCGAGCUUAUAACCACCAUCGGUUAUUUGCUGCUGGCCAGUGGUCUCAGUGGUAGUUUGGCAGUCAUUAUAUUCGCCUGUCUUGGAAACACGGAUGGAUGGAUGCCUGGACACGCCAAUAAUUACUUAGGAUGGUCGUUUGCUCUAGGCGUCAUAGGCAGUGUAUUAAUGUUAGUUGCGAGCGUCUUGCUUCUGGUGGAAGCAAGCGUGCAACGGAAGAAGCGAAAUUAUCUGAAAGAAUCUCAAACGCGAUUUCCACUCGAAUCUCGCGCCUAAACAAUUGGCGUUUUUCGAUUGUUUAUGGAAGUAGCGCACAAGAAUCUCUACGCAAAAAUUAGGGUAAUUCCGUCCUAUCAUUCCGUCCAUGAUCUGAGAUUUUCUCAUAGAAGAAUCUUUUUUUUUAUAGAAUGUACAAAACCAGGAUUGUAUUAAUUUAAGCUUAGAUUAAAAUGUAUAAGUUCAAUAUUUUUGUACGAUAUAUUUUAUAUCUUUCUAUAUACGUCAUGUAGGACGAUAGUAUUGUACAAUAGUUUUAAAAAAAUUCGUGAAAAACUAGAUAAUAUAAUAGUUUGUCUGAUUUUAUUAUCAUGAGCAAUAGCUUUUCUAAACACAAAAAAGAUUUAAUCGAUUAAAAUUUGUCAAUUAUGGAUUAUGUAAAAAAAAA